AUGGAAGACGAAGAAAUUGAUUUCACAAAUGACAACAAUAAUAAUUAUGAAGAAGAUGUUAUUGAUGCCAUUAAGCGUUUUUUGACAAAGAAGAAAACAACAACAACUGCAAAGCCAAGCUCAGAUUCGAUUAUAGCUUUACUUACAACAACUCAACAGAAUAAAAUUUUGUCAACUUCGACUAAAUCGUCAGUAUUUGGGGAUAUGUUUGGCAAAAAAACCACUAGUACAGCCCGUUAUGGAGGAAGCAGCAGCACAUCCCGAUUUGAUCGUACAACACAAUCAUCAAGUUCGUCAUCCAAAGGUUAG